CCUUCCCCCGCGAGCGGACGCGCCAGCGCCUCUGUCUCGCUUUUUCUUAUUUUCUCCCCCUUUCCCCUUCCUUUUCUUUUCUUUUUUCCCCUUCCCCCCUUCCACCAUUUCCCCUCGGAGGCGCUUCCCUCGGGCAGGGGCAGAGCCGGCCUCACCCCGCGCCUCUCCCCGGCCCCCGCCGCCCUAUGGCGAGAGGGCGCCCCCUCCUCACCCGGGCACCAGCGGCGGCGGUCGGAGGAGCGGGACCGGCGGCGGCGGCCUCGGGCCCAGGGUCAUCAUGGAAUUAGUUCGCUGAGUGACCCCCCUCGGCCGCAGCCGUGCGUCCCGCCCGAGUGCCCGCGCCCGCCGGCCCGGUUUGCCCUCUUCUCCCUCCUCAGACGGCCCGGCCCUGGUCCCGCGCGCCCUGCCGCCGCGCGCCGAGGAUCAUGAAGUGGUAACGGGCCCCCGGAUGACCCCGCGUCACCACUGUGAGGCCUACAGCUCCGCCGGGGAGGAGGAGGAGGAAGAAGAGGAGGAGAAGAAGAAGAAGGUAGCUACAUCAAGCUGGGUGGCAGGCAGAUCCAAAGGGAUACCAUGAAGUUUCCAGUACCUUUGGAAAACCAGAGAUUGUCUUCCCUGUUGGAAAGGGCAAUCUCCAGGGAAGCCCAGAUGUGGAAGGUGAAUGUGCCGAAAAUACCUACAAAUCAGAAUGUUUCUCCAUCCCAGAGAGAUGAAGUAAUUCAAUGGUUGGCCAAACUCAAAUACCAGUUCAACCUUUAUCCAGAAACAUUUGCUCUGGCAAGCAGUCUUUUGGAUAGAUUUUUAGCUACAGUAAAAGCCCAUCCAAAAUAUUUGAAUUGUAUUGCAAUCAGCUGUUUUUUUCUGGCUGCUAAGACUGUUGAGGAAGAUGAGAAAAUUCCAGUGCUAAAAGUAUUGGCAAGAGACAGUUUCUGUGGAUGUUCCUCAUCUGAGAUUUUGAGAAUGGAGAGAAUUAUUCUGGAUAAAUUGAAUUGGGAUCUUCACACGGCCACACCAUUGGAUUUUCUUCACAUUUUCCAUGCCAUUGCAGUAUCAACUAGGCCUCAGUUACUUUUCAGUUUGCCCAAAUUGAGCCCAUCUCAACAUUUGGCAGUCCUGACCAAGCAGCUGCUUCACUGUAUGGCCUACAACCAACUUCUGCAGUUCAAAGGGUCCAUGCUUGCUCUGGCCAUGGUUAGUCUGGAAAUGGAGAAACUCAUUCCUGAUUGGCUUCCUCUUACGAUUGAACUGCUUCAGAAAGCACAGAUGGACAGCUCCCAGUUGAUCCACUGUCGGGAGCUGGUGGCAUAUCACCUUUCUGCCCUGCAGUCUUCCCUGCCUCUAAAUUCCGUUUAUGUCUACCGUCCCCUCAAGCACACCCUGGUAACCUGUGACAAAGGAGCAUUCAAAUUACAUCCCUCCUCUGUCUCAGGCCCAGAUUUCUCCAAGGACAGCAGCAAGCCAGAAGUGCCAGUCCGAGGUCCAGCAGCCUUCCACCUUCAUCUCCCCGCUGCCAGUGGGUGCAAGCAUACCUCUGCUAAACGGAAAGUGGAGGAGAUGGAGGUGGAUGACUUCUACGAUGGGAUCAAGCGGCUCUAUAAUGAAGAUAAUGGUUCUGAGAAUGUGGCUUCUGUAUGUGGUACUGAUUUAUCGAGGCAAGAGGGCCAUGCUUCCCCCUGUCCACCUUUGCAGCCUGUUUCUGUCAUGUAGUUUCAGGUGUCACCUUCCAGUGCACACUAAGGCUGACUACUCGGUGAGACUAGAAAACCAGGAAAGGCUGUAGAGAAGGGCAUGUGCUUUAUCAGACUGAUUGAAGUGAGCCAGGAGAAAAGAAAAACUCUUAUUCUUUCGUGCCGUUACUUAAAAAUUCAACAUAAUUUAAUAUAAAGGCAUAUAUUUAUAGACUCAAGAUCCAAAAUAUAUUUAAAAGCAAAGCAAAAGUUCUUUGUACUAUGUCAGUUCCACCAUUGUUAAAAUAAGUUUGCCCCAUGUCAAAAAAAAAAAAAAAUGUUUAGUGGAAAGUUGCAAACUCACAGCUAGGAACCUUGUUCCAGUGUCCUUAUUUUCCUCUUGCCUUUUCUUGCCUCGGUUGAAUACUUAACUAAGUUGUGUGCUUGUUGAUCUAUGUAUUCUGACUUCACUCGAGUACCACCCACCUUUUCUUUUAAAGUAAUUCAGUAAGUAAUAAUUAUUUUUGUGUGGCAGCCAUGUUUAAUCCAUAGUUCAAGUAUGUUAGUUUGAAAAGGGCACUUUGAAGCUAUCCCCAUGAAUCAGUGGCAGUAGGAAAAGUUCUCUUUUUGUGUGUCUUAUUUCAGUUUUUAGUUUAAAAUUAUUAUUGUCCUUUUUUUGUUUAUCUUGAAGCUUAAAAAAUGGCAUGUAAUUAGGACAUUUUAAGCAUUUUUGACAUUUAUAUAAAAGAAUUUCUGAUAAAGUUAAUAUAUCCAGGUGCUCACCAAAGAAACAUGUAUGUAACAUACACAUAGGUUUUUGUAACUGAUCUGUUCUUGCUCAUUUAUAAUCAGUAGAAGCAACUGUCUAGAUAUUGGGGCAGCCCUGAUUUGAGUCUGUAACUUAUAAUUUAAUUCAGUACCCUAGUUUUAUAUUAUGCCAUUAGGAUUUUCUUGAUAAGGAGUUAUUCCCUUGUUUCUCUCUGAGUAACUUCUGGACCCUGAGCUCCCUUCAGUCUGAAGGCACUGCAGUCGGAACCAUGGACUGCUGAUAAAGCCUCUGGUAGCAAUAAAAUGUUGUCCUUAA